GUUUCUCUUUUCUUUUCCUUCCUGUGGUCAAGCUGCUAACAGUUGAAAUAAAGCAUUUGUGAUGGGUAAUAAUAGUUUUUAUAAGUUUCAUAUGGUCAUGAGAUGACGGGAGUUUUAAUAUUACUGAAUCUCAAAUCCAACAUUUAUCAGCUGAUUAUAGAUUCUUACCUAUUUGAAGUUGCCCUAUGAGGUAUGACUACUUAUUGUGGUAAUAAUGACUACGAUACUGGUGCUAUCUUCUCAAUGUGUCCUUCAGGUUCUCUGUUCAGCUGGGUGGUAUUUGUACUGCCUCUGGUGUUCAUAUCUAAUUUGCUCUAGUUUGUGGGCUUCUCCGUUAUCCUUCUCCAUAUCCAACAAUGGUUCGUCCUGGGUUUAUUAUGCGCCCGCCUGGUACAAUCGCUGUUCAACUAGCACCACGACCUGCUGUUCCAGGAAUGCUUGGUCUCCGUCCCAUAAUGAUGCCUCCUAUGGUCAGACCACCCUCUCUUCCUUACGUAACACCUGCAGAAAAGCCCCAGACUACAAUUUACAUUGGCAAGAUAGCAACCAUAGAAAAUGAAUUUAUGAUGUCUAUUCUUGAGUUUUGUGGCCAUGUCAAAAGCUGUUUACGUGCGGAAGAUCCUACCACCAAGAAACCUAAAGGUUUUGGAUUCUACGAAUUUGAAUCAGCUGAAGGGAUUCUCCGUGCAAUACGCCUACUGACCCAACGUACUAUAGAUGGACAAGAGCUUUUGGUUAAUGUUAAUCAAGCAACAAAGGAAUAUUUGUUAAAAUAUGUUGAGAAGAAAAUAGAGACUGCAAAUAAAGCCAAGGAAAGUCAAACUGUAGGAACCGAAGAGAACCAAGCUGAAGGUUCUGAGAGUGAGCGAGAAAAACUUGAGAGUGCUGAGAAUGAGACAGGGAAGGAUGGAGAACCAAAGAAAGAAAACAUCGAUAUUGCAAAUUCUGCGGUCCUAACUGACGAUGAAAGGGAAGCAGACAGAGAGGCUAUGGAAAAGAUUGAAAGUGCAAUUGAAGAAAGGUUAAAGUCCAACCCUCUGCCUCCACCACCCCCACCACCACCUGCUGAUGGUUCAGGCAUGGAACUUGCUUUCAAAUCUAAGGAUGGUGACUCCAACACUGACAUAACUAGGAGUGAUGCUGCAGCAAAUGAUGUUGAGGCUUCUGGAGAACACAAUAGGCCUGACACAAGCUCACCUGAUUGGAAUAAGAGAAAUGACAGAAGAAGCAGAGAAAGAAGUGAAAAGGAGCAAGAAAUGGAUAGAUACGAGAGGGAGGCUGAGCGAGAACGGGCAAGGAAAGAGAGAGAGCAAAGGAGAAAACUUGAGGAUGCAGAGCGUGCUUACCAGGCUCGUCUUCGACAAUGGGAACGUCAAGAAAGAGAAAAGGAGAAAGAACGACAGUACGAGAAGGAGAAAGAGAAAGAUAAAGAGCGUAAGAGGAAAAAGGAAAUCCGCUAUGAGGAAGAGGAGGAUGAAGAGGAUGAUGAAUCAAGAAGAAGAUGGCAUAGGGGUUCAUUAGAUGAGAGAAGAAGACGGCGACAAAGAGAAAAGGAGGAUGACUUGGCUGAUAGAUUGAAAGAAGAGGAAGAGGUUGCUGAGGCGAAGAGGAGUGCCGAGGAGCAAAAGUUGCAGCAACAGCAAUUAGAUGCCUUAAGGCUCAUAUCUGGACAGGCAGCUAUUGGAAGCGAAACAGUUCAGACAUCACCUAUUGAAAACGAUCAUAUCCCAACUCUCCAAACUGUCAGUGAAUCUGUCCAUGAGCACCAUGCAGCAGAUUGUGAACAAAAUGGUUCUGGUAAUGAAUCCAUGGUUAUUGAUAAUAAUAGUGGAUCAGAGGCACAUGCUCCCUCAAAAAAAUUAGGAUUUGGGCUUGUGGGAUCUGGAAAGCGGACAUCAGUACCUUCUGUUUUCUAUGAGGAGGAUGAAGACGAAGCUCAUAAGGAUAAAAAGAUGAAACCUUUAGUUCCUAUAGAUUACUCAACCGAGGAACAGGAAGCCGUGGCCCAUGGUGGUUCAGGGAAUACACCACCUCAUUUGGCUUUAGCUGCUGANCUUUGA